AUGAAAAUCCUCAUCUCCUUGGCAAUUCUACUUGCCACCACCCACGCGUUCACCCGUCUUCAGGACCCCGUUACCCAGAAAGGCCCACAGAAAUUUGAGAAGGCCGAUGGCAAAUAUAAAUAUGAGGAAGGAUACUUGAAAGCGCCAAUCGAUCACUUUUCCUUCACAAAUGAUUAUGAAUUUGAUUUGAGAUACUUCCUCAACACAGACAACUACGAAUCGGGAGGUCCAAUUCUCUUCUACACUGGAAAUGAGGGGAGUCUCGAAGCAUUUGCUGAGAACACCGGUUUCAUGUGGGAUUUGGCGCCGGAAUUGAAGGCUGCCGUCGUCUUCGUGGAGCAUCGAUUUUAUGGAAAGUCACAGCCAUUCAAGAAUCAGUCAUACACCGAUAUCCGUAACCUUGGAUACUUGUCUUCCCAGCAAGCCCUUGCAGAUUUCGCCUUGUCAGUUCAAUUUUUCAGAAACGAGAAAAUCAAAGGAGCCAAAAACUCGGCGGUCAUCGCUUUCGGUGGAUCUUACGGUGGAAUGUUGUCAGCUUGGUUUAGAAUCAAGUACCCGCAUAUUGUUGAUGGAGCCAUCGCCGCUUCUGCUCCAGUUUUCUGGUUCACUGACUCGAAUAUUCCGGAGGAUGUUUAUGAUUUUAUCGUAACUCGCGCCUUCCUGGACUCUGGUUGUAACCGAAAAGCUGUUGAAAAGGGUUGGAUUGCAUUGGAUGAGUUGGCAAAAACUGAUAGUGGACGGCAGUAUUUGAAUGUUUUGUACAAGUUGGAUCCGAAGUCAAAGUUGGAGAACAAGGAUGAUGUUGCGUUUUUGAAGCAAUACAUCCGAGAAUCCAUGGAAGCAAUGGCGAUGGUCAACUACCCAUACCCAACUUCUUUCUUGAGUUCCCUCCCAUCCUGGCCAGUCAAAGAAGCCUGUAAAUUCGCCAGUCAACCAGGAAAGUCUCAAGAGGAAUCCGCCGAGCAACUCUACAAUAUCGUCAACUUGUACUACAACUACACCGGAGACAAGUCGACUCAUUGUGCCAACGCAGCCAAGUGUGACAGUGCCUAUGGCUCAUUGGGGGAUCCGUUGGGAUGGCCAUUCCAGACAUGUACUGAGAUGGUGAUGCCAUUAUGUGGAAGUGGGUACCCGAAUGAUUUCUUCUGGAAAGAUUGUCCAUUCACCACAGAGAAGUACGCCGAGUACUGUAAGCAGACCUUCGCCCAAAUCUCCUAUAACAAAACAUUGCUCCGCCCACUUGCCGGUGGCCGAGCUUUCGGUGCAACUUCUCUUCCAUCCGCCUCGAAUAUUGUUUUCUCGAAUGGAUACUUGGAUCCAUGGAGUGGUGGAGGCUAUGAUCACUCGGAUAAAGUUCAAGGAUCAGUGAUCAGUGUUAUUUUGAAGCAAGGUGCACAUCAUUAUGACUUGAGAGGUGCUCACCCACAAGACACUGAGGAAGUGAAGAAAGUGAGAGCUAUGGAGACAGCUGCUAUCAAGAAAUGGAUUAAGGAAAAGGCCAGGAAUGUUAGAAGAUAUAAUUAA